CUUUUUGGAAGCUUAUAUCUGAUUUAGUAGAUACGUUUUCUCAAUCUGAUUCAUCACAUAAACUUUUUCUUAAUGCUCCAGAACUUUAUGAAACAGGGUUUCAACGGUUAUUUUCAUGCUAUGAAGAAGGUAUUGAUCGGCUUUAUAAAAUUUUAAAACAAGAUGUUCACAAAACUAAAAUUCAAAAUGUAAAAGGUCACCGAGCACGUAAUGUUACAACUUAUAAAUGGCAAAAUUUGCAAGAAAUAGACAAAUCUAAAAUUAAAAAAAAAAUCAAAAAACAAGUAUCUCAACCAAAUACUGUUGAUAUAAAAAAACCAUAUCAUAAAUGUCAAACUACUGAAAAAGAAAAAAAAAAUACUCGAACCUAUUCUUUCUGA